CAAAAAUCGGUACGCCGCCCCUCCUCUCGAUCCAUCCCAUCUGGCUGCGUUUUCUCUUUCCCUCGUCUCCCACUCCGCCACCGCCGCCGCAUCUCCCGCUCCGCGGCUGCCCCUACUGCUCCACCGGACCGGCCUCUUCUUCGAGCGCGGUGGCAGGAGCAGCUCCACCUCUCCACUCCCCCACGCGAGAACGCUCCUAACCCCACCAACAUGCCCGGCCGCCACUAGGGUUUCUUACCCUCGCUGCCCCGCCGCCACCUCUCCUCACUUUUCCCCACCGCCGUCUGGAGCUACUUUGUCGACGACGUCAAUGGGCUUUCAUGAGACCUCCUGGCCUUCUGCCACCGCCGUCGAGUUCAUCCCCCAGGCUGACAUACUGCGAUCGGGACACCGUCGGAUCCUCUGUCGCGGGCCCACGUCCCAGUCCUCUCCUUCCUCUCAUAGUUCAUUUGUGCUGCAGGCACUUCACGGAUGAGAUUUUCUCAAGCUGUUCUCACCUCCUCACGUCGUGCAGCCUCCACACGCGAAGCCACUAAGGCAGGAAUCGAAAGUGACAGUCUGUGCAUCGUGUUCUCCCCAAGCCCGCUUCGCUUUGGUCUUCAGAUUAAGCAAUUCUCUGUAUUCAAUGGAAAGGUCAAUAGCUGCUCUCUAAAGGUUGGCCACAACAAGGAGAUGGACGCGACCGCGUUGUCCCAUCGACCUCUGGGGCAGCACAUCAUCUACCCAAUCCCGACAAUGGCGCCCCCUCAGGCCGAUUCCCCUCACUGGGAGGUGUUUUUGGGAAAUCAUGGGCACACAAUCGCCUGUAUACCUCUUGCUAUUAGUUUGUGUGCCUAUGAGCUGGGCACAUAUUUUCUUGGAAUGCAGUUAGUUCGGUGGUGGUCAUCUGAGAUGUCAGUGGCACCUAAAGAUGUAUCAAAAUCUAUUGCACAAAGUAAAUGAGCACUCAGGACAGCAACUUCCAUCUUGGCCUGUAUAAUGCUGGUUCGGCCGUGGCCUUUCAUAUCUCAGGGUGUGUCCUGUUAUGUUGGGUUUCCUGUGAUUUGGGUGUGGCUAGCUACAUAGCGUCCGUGGGCCAUGUGUGUGACAUGCAUGCUAGGUAAUCAUGACUCUGAUGCGGCGGUGCCAGAACCGCCUCCAUUGGGUACGACCGCCGUGGCUAUGCUUGAAGUCAGAAUCACCACGAUGACUGUAGUCGCCGCACUCAGAUAAGAGAGGCAGCUACGGUAUAUGAUCAAGCCUUUGCUGUCGUGCUCUGAAUUUGGGAUCACGUGCAUGUGCAAGAGAAAGAGCAUGAGAGCCUAAGAUGGUAGUACAACAUUACAAACAAGUUGAUUUUUAUCCAUGGAAUUGAUUUGAUGCGAAGCUGAUGCCACAUAAAAGGUUAACUGAGUUCUUAUCUCCAAUAUGUCAUAAUGUCACAGUUCAAUUAUUUUCACAUCUCUAGCCACUAUGCACGGAAGGUGUUUGCUAAUUUGCACAAUGAUCUUUUCUGAUAAAAUACGCUAACAUUACCUUCAUUUUUUCACGUUUUAGUGAUGUCCUCUUAUUAAUUCCUUCUAUAAUCAAAGCUAAUAUGUAUUUGUUCAUCUAAGUAUCUAACUACAGGUGGAAGAACAAGAUUCAGUGUGUGCAACGACAACAAUAAAUAACAUGUCAUUAGGGAGACUUCUGACAAUUGAACCCUGCAUUUUUUGGCAUUAGUACAAGUGUUCUACUGCAUUAUUCAACUAUGCGCAAUGAAGCUGGUAUAGGGUAUGGACUAGACAAUUUAUUCAGGGUUUUUUUCAGGAAGGUAUGCAGAUUGGGCAUCAAAGUAGACGACAAAGGAUGACAAACAAUGACAUUCUGCACCUUACAACUUAAAAAUUGAUUGAUACUUUCUAUUUUAUAUUGAUGUGAUCGCCAGUGAGAACAAAUUUUUGACCGAAUUUGUUUCAUUAAAGUGAAGUUGUUCGGACUUUUCUUUGAAUGUUUAUUUUAGUUGCAUAAAAAAGCAUUGUGAGUAAUGUUUUUUGAGCUGAUUAUGAGUAAUGUUUGGUUCCAUGCAGGACAAAGGAAUGAACACGAAGCAAAUUAUAACACUCAGAUUCAUGGUUUAGGAGUAUGAAUGCACAUUUCCAUCUUUUUGAUAUUCUCGUAUGCAUAAUACUAACACUACAUACAUAAUCUCAAAAUUGUGUAGAUGGGUCAUCAGUAGCAUUUCUCUAAUUAUCCUUAUAGACUCAUUUGGAUUGUUUAAGAAAAGGAUCUCAAUUCUCAAUAGCAAACUAUACUGGGACAUCAUGGACCUAUUCUCCACAUUUUUGAGCUAGGUGAGUUGGACAACAUGUCAUCAGGGGAAACCAUUUCUUCCUUCCAACCCGUGGGCUAAAUUUUUUAUCACCAUAUGUUUAGAUUUUUGUGUCAGCCUUGAACUUUUGAGGAAUUGUUAGAUAUGUUGGUGAACGGGCAGGCGGUGCUAGACAUGGCAGGGCAAGAGAGCACAAGGAAGAAUGCCAAAGGGGGCAUCAUAAAUGUCAGAACCUAGAGCAUGGAUACAAGACCUCCAUCAUCGUCUAUGGACAUCAAAGCAAGGGAGAAGUGAUGAUGGACAUCAAAGGAGUAGAGACAGUGAGCAUGGGCUCCUUGAAGAUACUUAUCAUGACAUAUACUCAGUAUACAGUAAAAAAAUCGUAUGCCACAUAUAUGUUGUGAAUUACUAUGAUACUUGAUCAAUGAAUGUAUUUCUAAAAGAAUCUGUGGCAACACACGACAUUCAACUAUAACUUCAACUUCAA